AGCGAUGGCAGUCAGGUUCCCACCUAGCCAGCUGCAGGCGAGCACCAUAGCGGUCCUUGUGCUCGCCUGGACCUUCACUAUCUUGAGGUUCAGUGCCCGUCACCUACGCCGGGUCGGUCUCGGGGUCGAUGACUAUCUCCUCAUUGCCAGUCUGGCUGUGCUUUGUGCUUUAUCCGCAAUUGCGUUCGCCAUGAUCCAUUAUGGACUGGGCCGCGAUGCUACACCUGACCUUUCGGCGCAUCAAGCGUUGAUGGUGAAACAGCUACUGUACAUCUUUGAGAUUUUCUACGUGAUCAACCUGCUGCUCAUCAAGCUCUCCAUCCUGUUCAUGUACCGACGCAUCUUUACUGACAUGUCGCGGUUCUUCCGGGUGGGAGCUCGAAUAUGCGGCGGUGUUGUGGUGCUAUGGGCGAUUGCUUUUAUACCGGCGGCAACCUUCCAAUGCACCCCAGUGUCAAAGGCCUGGGAUUCUGACAAAGAAGGCCACUGCAUUAAUCUGCGAGUGGGAUUCUUCUGCGUAGCGCUACCAAAUAUCCUCACAGAUAUCGCCAUUCUCACGUUGCCAGUGCAGGUCUGCUGGCAGCUGGCCGGCAGUAUGCUGUACCGGUUGUCGAUCAGUGGCAUCUUCCUCCUGGGUGCUUUCGUAAUUGGCGUGAGCAUCUAUCGAUUCAAGCUUCUGUUCCUGUACUCGUCUGACAAUGUGUCUGGAACUAUCGCACCGGCGACAAUAUGGUCUGUGAUUGAAUGCGCGGUGGCCAUUAUCUGUGCUUGCUUGCCAACCCUAAUGCCUUUGGUGCGGCUGGUUUGGUCUCGUUGCCACCGGAUGCGUCAGUCGAGAAGGGAGUCUAGCAGUCAGCACCUUGUCCACAGCCCAGCUUCUGAUCCCCUAGAGCACCGCCAGGGUGGAGCCGCAGCGUUAAAUAGGAAAAAUGCAGUGGACUCUGGUGGCUCACUGGUGGGCAGGCCGGACAACGGGAAUAUGGCAGGGAGUGGCGCGGGACGACGGGGGAUGGUGUCCGUAGAGCAAGUCUUUGUGUAAUAUAAACAGACAAUAUAAGGCUGGC